CGGGACGUCACCAGGGGCUCCUCCUUUCCCCCCGAACGGCCCCGGCGGCGCCGAGGGUCAGCAUGGCGGAGGGGCCGAGUGACCCCCUGUCCUACUUCGCCGCCUACGGGAGCUCGGAGUCGGAGUCGGAGCCGGAGUCGGAGCCGCUGACGGCCCCGCCGGAGCCCCGGGCUGCCGCCGGGACCAGGCCCAGGCCUGCGGGCCCGCGCCCCGCUCUCCCCGCCCCGGACGAGCUGUUCGGCAGCGUGUCCCGGCCCAGCUUCCUGACCGACCCGCGGAAGGGCCGCAUCGACUGGGAUCGGCGGCUGGUGCGGGCCCCGGAGGAGCCACCAAAAGAGUUCAAGGUCUGGAAGACAAAUGCCGUCCCUCCGCCAGAAACCUACACGGUGGAGGAGAGAAAGGCACCGUCGGGGGUGGACAUGGCGGUGAAGUGGUCGAGCAUGUACCAGGACAACGGUGACGAUGCUCCUCAGCGCACGUCAGCCUUACCUCCUGAAGCGGCAGAAGUCGUUGAAUCAGAUGAAGAGAAUGCCGAGGAACCUUCCAACAAAAAACGUAAGAUUGAGACUUUCCAGCAGAAGGAGAAGAGGAAACGGAAUGAGGGGCAGGCCAACAGAGAGAAGAGUUUCGUUGAAGAAGAAAAACGAAUCCUCAGGCAGGAGUUUUGCUUCAAAGAAUGAAGCGAGCAGUUGUUGGAUGGAAUGUACACCGAGUUUACUCUGCACGCUCAGAACUAAAACUGCCACUGUCCUCUCAAACCACAGGCUCCGUUAAUGCCCGAAACUCAUGGCUGGGCUCUGAAUGGUGUGUGGGAGAUGUAGUCCUGUGUGGAACAUUGAAUGCCCAGUGAAGUUCCUUCAAAUAAAGCAAUGUGUGUA